AUGGAUCCCUUCAACAACCCGGACAACCCGAACAAUCCGAACAACCUGAACAAUCCCAACAACCCGACCCAACCUAAUGUUUUCUCGGUUCCAGGAUAUUAUCCGACGCUAGAACCGAACCAAUUCUCGCAAUAUUCAUCAAAUGCGUUUGCUUCAUUCCAACACUCGCCAAACCAAUUCGCUCAAUUCUCCCAAAAUCAAGCCCUUCAACAAAUGAUGAUGCGGGGUGCUUAUAAUUUCCCACCGAACCCCACACCACCCGUUCAACCUCAACCGAUCCCCACACCACCCGUUCAACCUCAACUGAUCCCGACGCAACCAUUUCAACAAUCCGAACCCGAAGACGAUAUGGAGGUUGUUCCCGAAACCCAACCACCUAAAGGAAAAGGAAAACGAAACAAAGGCAAGCAAGUGGUGGGUGAUCAACCGUCCAAAGCAAAGGCGACUAAGUGGACACCAAUCGAAGAAGAAGCCUUAGCCAAGGCUUUCAUUAGCACGUCUGACCACCCGACAAAAGUUGCUUUUUUGGUAAUAACCAAUCGGGUGAGGGGUUUUGGUCCAAGGUAUUGGCGAAGUUCCUCGUCCUUAUGGACCAAGGCCCGUAUCGAGAUAUCGACUCGGUCUCCUCAAAGUGGCGGAAAAUGA